AUGAGGUUCCCAAUUUGUCGAUUUCAAUCAACGCUAGAGAGAAGCGCUAUGAUUCAACAAAAAUUCAAAGAUUCAAUGGCUCGUAUGGGCAGCCAGGCCAUGAUAUUAACUUCUGCAAGUCAAAAAACACUACCCCAUUCGAAUUUCCGGGGCGUGACGCUCAGCUCCGUGAGCUCGCUGUCAUUGAAGCCCCAGCCCUUACUGCAAUUUAAUUUACAACUCCCGUCUUUCACUUCAGAGUCCUUGCACUCACAUGAAUAUUUUGCAGUGCAUCUUUUGAAACCCGAUGCCACGUCCAUGUCGCUCGCCAGGACGUUUAGCAGAGGUGCCACGACCCACAAAGACAGUGGAGAAAUCAUUCCUACUCAACCUUUUAAAGAGCUGGCUCCAACGGUGCACUACGAUACUUAUGCUUUGAAGCAGAAUGAACUGGUAGUUCCUAUCUUGACGAAUUCCGAGCGGGUGUUUGUGUGUCAAAAGAAGGACGUGUUUAGGGUAGGGGACCAUGAGAUCUGGAUUGGAAAAGUGGAGGACAUCAUUGAAAAUAGCACACUGGGUACCAUUACGGGAGGGCUGAUCUACUGUAACAGGAAAUUCCACAAAUUAGGUGGGCACAUCGAAUGA